AUGGACCGGUUGGACCAACUGGCCUGUUGGUCCGAUGGACCGGUUGGACCAACUGGCCUGUUGGUCCGAUGGACCGGUUGGACCAACUGGCUCGUUGGUGCGAUGGACCGGUUGGACCAACUGGCCUGUUGGUCCGAUGGACCGGUUGGACCAACUGGCCUGUUGGUCCGAUGGACCGGUUGGACCAACUGGCCUGUUGGUCCGAUGGAGGGGUUGGACCAUCUGGCCUGUUGGUCCGAUGGACCGGUUGGACCAACUGGCCUGUUGGUCCGAUGGACCGGUUGGACCAACUGGCCUGUUGGUCAAAAGGACCGGCUGGACCAACUGGCGUGUUGGUCUGAUGGACCGGUUGGACCAACUGGCCUGUUGGUCCGAUGGACCGGUUGGACCAACUGGCCUGUUGGUCCGAUGGACCGGUUGGACCAACUGGCCUGUUGGUCCGAUGGACCGGUUGGACCAACUGGCCUGUUGGUCCGAUGGAGGGGUUGGACCAUCUGGCCUGUUGGUCCGAUGGACCGGUUGGACCAACUGGCCUGUUGGUCCGAUGGACCGGUUGGACCAACUGGCCUGUUGGUCAAAUGGACCGGUUGGACCAACUGGCGUGUUGGUCCGAUGGACCGGUUGGACCAACUGGCCUGUUGGUCCGAUGGACCGGUUGGUCCAACUAGCCUGUUGGUCCGAUGGACCGGUUGGACCAUCUGGCCUGUUGGUCCGAUGGACCGGUUGGACCAACUGGCCUGUUGGUCCGAUUGGACCAGUUGGACCAACUGGCCUGUUGGUUCGAUGGACCGGUUGGACCAACUGGCCUGUUGGUCCGAUGGACCGGUUGGACCAACUGGCCUGUUGGUCAAAUGGACCGGUUGGACCAACUGGCCUGUUGGUCCGAUGGACCGGUUGGACCAACUGGCCUGUUGGUCCGAUGGACCGAUUGGACCAACUGGCCUGUUGGUCCGAUGGACCGGUUGGACCAACUGGCCUGUUGGUCCGACGGACCGGUUGGACCAACUGGCUAGUUGGUCCGACGGACCGUUUGGACCAACUGGCCUGUUGGUCCGAUGGACCGGUUGGACCAACUGGCCUGUUGGUCCGAUGGAGGGGUUGGACCAUCUGGCCUGUUGGUCCGAUGGACCGGUUGGACCAACUGGCCUGUUGGUCCGAUGGACCGGUUGGACCAACUGGCCUGUUGGUCAAAUGGACCGGUUGGACCAACUGGCGUGUUGGUCCGAUGGACCGGUUGGACCAACUGGCCUGUUGGUCCGAUGGACCGUUGGUCCGACGGACCGUUUGGACCAACUGGCCUGUUGGUCCGAUGGACCGGUUGGACCAACUGGCCUGUUGGUCCGAUGGAGGGGUUGGACCAUCUGGCCUGUUGGUCCGAUGGACCGGUUGGACCAACUGGCCUGUUGGUCCGAUGGACCGGUUGGACCAACUGGCCUGUUGGUCAAAUGGACCGGUUGGACCAACUGGCGUGUUGGUCCGAUGGACCGGUUGGACCAACUGGCCUGUUGGUCCGAUGGACCGGUUGGUCCAACUAGCCUGUUGGUCCGAUGGACCGGUUGGACCAUCUGGCCUGUUGGUCCGAUGGACCGGUUGGACCAACUGGCCUGUUGGUCCGAUUGGACCAGUUGGACCAACUGGCCUGUUAAUUCGAUGGACCGGUUGGACCAACUGGCCUGUUGGUCCGAUGGACCGGUUGGACCAACUGGCCUGUUGGUCAAAUGGACCGGUUGGACCAACUGGCCUGUUGGUCCGAUGGACCGGUUGGACCAACUGGCCUGUUGGUCCGAUGGACCGGUUGGACCAACUGGCCUGUUGGUCCGAUGGACCGGUUGGACCAACUGGCCUGUUGGUCCGAUGGACCGGUUGGACCAACUGGCCUGUUGGUCCGACGGACCGGUUGGACCAACUGGCCAGUUGGUCCGACGGACCGUUUGGACCAACUGGCCAGUUGGUCCGAUGGACCGGUUGGACCAACUGGCCUGUUGGUCCGAUGGAGGGGUUGGACCAUCUGGCCUGUUGGUCCGAUGGACCGGUUGGACCAACUGGCCUGUUGGUCCGAUGGACCGGUUGGACCAACUGGCCUGUUGGUCAAAUGGACCGGUUGGACCAACUGGCGUGUUGGUCCGAUGGACCGGUUGGACCAACUGGCCUGUUGGUCCGAUGGACCGGUUGGUCCAACUAGCCUGUUGGUCCGAUGGACCGGUUGGACCAUCUGGCCUGUUGGUCCGAUGGACCGGUUGGACCAACUGGCCUGUUGGUCCGAUUGGACCAGUUGGACCAACUGGCCUGUUAAUUCGAUGGACCGGUUGGACCAACUGGCCUGUUGGUCCGAUGGACCGGUUGGACCAACUGGCCUGUUGGUCAAAUGGACCGGUUGGACCAACUGGCCUGUUGGUCCGAUGGACCGGUUGGACCAACUGGACUGUUGGUCCGAUGGAGGGGUUGGACCAUCUGGCCUGUUGGUCCGAUGGACCGGUUGGACCAACUGGCCUGUUGGUCCGAUGGACCGGUUGGACCAACUGGCCUGUUGGUCAAAAGGACCGGCUGGACCAACUGGCGUGUUGGUCCGAUGGACCGGUUGGACCAACUGGCCUGUUGGUCCGAUGGACCGGUUGGACCAACUGGCCUGUUGGUCCGAUGGACCGGUUGGACCAACUGGCCUGUUGGUCCGAUGGACCGGUUGGACCAACUGGCCUGUUGGUCCGAUGGAGGGGUUGGACCAUCUGGCCUGUUGGUCCGAUGGACCGGUUGGACCAACUGGCCUGUUGGUCCGAUGGACCGGUUGGACCAACUGGCCUGUUGGUCAAAUGGACCGGUUGGACCAACUGGCGUGUUGGUCCGAUGGACCGGUUGGACCAACUGGCCUGUUGGUCCGAUGGACCGGUUGGUCCAACUAGCCUGUUGGUCCGAUGGACCGGUUGGACCAUCUGGCCUGUUGGUCCGAUGGACCGGUUGGACCAACUGGCCUGUUGGUCCGAUUGGACCAGUUGGACCAACUGGCCUGUUGGUUCGAUGGACCGGUUGGACCAACUGGCCUGUUGGUCCGAUGGACCGGUUGGACCAACUGGCCUGUUGGUUCGAUGGACCGGUUGGACCAACUGGCCUGUUGGUCCGAUGGACCGGUUGGACCAACUGGCCUGUUGGUCAAAUGGACCGGUUGGACCAACUGGCCUGUUGGUCCGAUGGACCGGUUGGACCAACUGGCCUGUUGGUCCGAUGGACCGAUUGGACCAACUGGCCUGUUGGUCCGAUGGACCGGUUGGACCAACUGGCCUGUUGGUCCGACGGACCGGUUGGACCAACUGGCCAGUUGGUCCGACGGACCGUUUGGACCAACUGGCCUGUUGGUCCGAUGGACCGGUUGGACCAACUGGCCUGUUGGUCCGAUGGAGGGGUUGGACCAUCUGGCCUGUUGGUCCGAUGGACCGGUUGGACCAACUGGCCUGUUGGUCCGAUGGACCGGUUGGACCAACUGGCCUGUUGGUCAAAUGGACCGGUUGGACCAACUGGCGUGUUGGUCCGAUGGACCGGUUGGACCAACUGGCCUGUUGGUCCGAUGGACCGGUUGGUCCAACUAGCCUGUUGGUCCGAUGGACCGGUUGGACCAUCUGGCCUGUUGGUCCGAUGGACCGGUUGGACCAACUGGCCUGUUGGUCCGAUGGACCGGUUGGACCAACUGGCCUGUUGGUCAAAUGGACCGGUUGGACCAACUGGCGUGUUGGUCCGAUGGACCGGUUGGACCAACUGGCCUGUUGGUCCGAUGGACCGGUUGGUCCAACUAGCCUGUUGGUCCGAUGGACCGGUUGGACCAUCUGGCCUGUUGGUCCGAUGGACCGGUUGGACCAACUGGCCUGUUGGUCCGAUUGGACCAGUUGGACCAACUGGCCUGUUAAUUCGAUGGACCGGUUGGACCAACUGGCCUGUUGGUCCGAUGGACCGGUUGGACCAACUGGCCUGUUGGUCAAAUGGACCGGUUGGACCAACUGGCCUGUUGGUCCGAUGGACCGGUUGGACCAACUGGCCUGUUGGUCCGAUGGACCGGUUGGACCAACUGGCCUGUUGGUCCGAUGGACCGGUUGGACCAACUGGCCUGUUGGUCCGAUGGACCGGUUGGACCAACUGGCCUGUUGGUCCGACGGACCGGUUGGACCAACUGGCCAGUUGGUCCGACGGACCGUUUGGACCAACUGGCCUGUUGGUCCGAUGGACCGGUUGGACCAACUGGCCUGUUGGUCCGAUGGAGGGGUUGGACCAUCUGGCCUGUUGGUCCGAUGGACCGGUUGGACCAACUGGCCUGUUGGUCCGAUGGACCGGUUGGACCAACUGGCCUGUUGGUCAAAUGGACCGGUUGGACCAACUGGCGUGUUGGUCCGAUGGUUCGGUUGGACCAACUGGCCUGUUGGUCCGAUGGACCGGUUGGUCCAACUAGCCUGUUGGUCCGAUGGACCGGUUGGACCAUCUGGCCUGUUGGUCCGAUGGACCGGUUGGACCAACUCGCCUGUUGGUCCGAUUGGACCAGUUGGACCAACUGGCCUGUUAAUUCGAUGGACCGGUUGGACCAACUGGCCUGUUGGUCCGAUGGACCGGUUGGACCAACUGGCCUGUUGGUCCGAUGGACCGGUUGGACCAACUGGCCUGUUGGUCCGAUGGACCGGUUGGACCAACUGGCCUGUUGGUCCGAUGGACCGGUUGGACCAACUGGCCUGUUGGUCCGAUGGAGGGGUUGGACCAUCUGGCCUGUUGGUCCGAUGGACCGGUUGGACCAACUGGCCUGUUGGUCCGAUGGACCGGUUGGACCAACUGGCCUGUUGGUCAAAUGGACCGGUUGGACCAACUGGCGUGUUGGUCCGAUGGACCGGUUGGACCAACUGGCCUGUUGGUCCGAUGGACCGGUUGGUCCAACUAGCCUGUUGGUCCGAUGGACCGGUUGGACCAUCUGGCCUGUUGGUCCGAUGGACCGGUUGGACCAACUGGCCUGUUGGUCCGAUUGGACCAGUUGGACCAACUGGCCUGUUGGUUCGAUGGACCGGUUGGACCAACUGGCCUGUUGGUCCGAUGGACCGGUUGGACCAACUGGCCUGUUGGUUCGAUGGACCGGUUGGACCAACUGGCCUGUUGGUCCGAUGGACCGGUUGGACCAACUGGCCUGUUGGUCAAAUGGACCGGUUGGACCAACUGGCCUGUUGGUCCGAUGGACCGGUUGGACCAACUGGCCUGUUGGUCCGAUGGACCGAUUGGACCAACUGGCCUGUUGGUCCGAUGGACCGGUUGGACCAACUGGCCUGUUGGUCCGAUGGACCGGUUGGACCAACUGGCCUGUUGGUCAAAUGGAGCGGUUGGACCAACUGGCGUGUUGGUCCGACGGACCGGUUGGACCAACUGGUCUGUUGGUCCGAUGGACCGGUUGGACCAAUUGGCCUGUUGGUCCGAUGGACCGGUUAA